AAAGAAAGAAAAAGAAUACUUCGUUGCUGGUUGGGUGAAACAAGUCCUCGUCCACGAAAAUUCGACAGGAAUCUAUCUUGUGCUCGGGAAGGUAGUUUAUUCACAACAUCUGAGUGAGACGCCUCUAUCACCCUGGUUUGCUGCUCAGCCCUCAGGAACAAUCUUUUGUGGACAUUGCACUUGCAUGGCUGGUUUGGGUGAAACAUGUUCACAUGUCACUGCUGAUAUGUUUGCUGUAGAAACGGCUGUAAAGAUGAAAAAUGAUACUACCAGCACUUUCGUUGCUUGUAGCUGGCUACCCCCUUCACAAAACCAAAAUAUUGAGUAUGCCAUAUCAUCAGACAUAGACUUUACAAGCCCAGCAGCAAAAAAGCGGAAAUGUGCUGGGGAGUCAGUUAAGUCAGUAACCCCAGGUAAACAGGUACUGCCACCCCCUCAGGAUUAUACUGACUUUUACCGAAAAUUACACUCUUCUGGUGUCAAGCCAGUGGUACUGUCAGUCUUACCCGAUUACUGUGAGGAGUUUGUCCCCAAGACUGUUAAUUUGGAUUUGCCGAAACCAAUGUCUUCUCUCUUCAUGGAGACACAUGUGUCUAAGUCAUUGGAUGAACUUACAGUGGAAGCAAGUACAAUUAUGACCAAUAUGAAAAUUGAUGAUUCUCAGAUCAGUGCCAUAGAACAGAUAACUAGAGAACAGUCAACCACAAAAUCCUGGUUUUUGUAUCAGGCCGGCCGUAUUACAGCUAGCAACUUUAAAGCUGCAUCUCAGACAAAGAUCGAAAAUCCCUGCUACUCACUGAUUCAGAGGAUAUGCUACCCUGAUGCAUUCAAAUUCACAACAGAGGCUACAAGGUAUGGACGCAGUCAUGAAUGGAAAGUGAGGAAAGACUAUGAAAUGUUCACUAAGCCAAAACACAGAGACAUGAAAGUAACAGAGAGUGGAUUCUUCAUCCAUAAAGAGUUUCCUUACAUAGGUGCCUCACCUGACAGCUUAGUGAAGUGUGACUGCUGCGGAGAAGGACUGCUGGAGAUAAAAUGUUCUUUCUCCCACAAAGAUUCAACAAUCGAAAGUGCAAUCCAAGAUAAAAAUUUCUGCAUAGAGUUUGUUGAUGGGCAUUUCAGAUUGAAAGCAGACCACACAUACAUGUACCAGAUCCAGUGUCUGCUCGCUGUGACUGGCCGGAGCUACUGUGACCUGUGUUUGUGGACAGGUAAACAACUGCUUAUCCAGCGCAUAACCCUGGACACCAAGUUCUUUGCUGAAGCAUUGGAGAAGGUUGCCACUUUCUACAAAGUGUGCAUACUACCUGAACUUCUUGGCAAGUACUUCUCUCAAAAAAAUACAUUGGGUUUGCCAGUUGAAAAUGUAGAGGACAAGAUCUGUUACUGCGAAAAAAGUGACAAUAAUAAGACAAAAAUUUAUUGCAGCAAUGAUGAUUGUAUGAUUAAGGUUUACCACAAGGAAUGCUGCGGUCUUAAAAAUAUGCCUAAAAAGGGCUGGUUUUGUCUGUAUUGUAAGACAUUGCAGAAGAGAACAAAUGUACAAACAAACAAUAAGUAAAGAAAAUAAACUUUUCAUAUCCAGUUGUAAGAAAUCAUUUAAUCUUUUUUUUUUUAUCAAUUUCAUUUCCACAGUAAAGCUAUAAAUCAGUCGGACGGAAUAAUAGGAGGGCAGGCAUUGCAAAGUGCACAAGGAAUUGCAACAAUUUUAUCGAGAAAUGUCAUUUCAUUAUUGGCUGAUUGAAUCAUAGUGAUUGGAAUUACUGAAUUUAGAACAGAAUUUUUUUGCGAACCAUUCCUAUAACUCUUUCUACAUUUAUCCUGACAUUAGCAAUUUUUCUAGUUUCUAAAACAUCUGGCAUCCAGCUGAGAUUUACCUCUAGUAAAUGCAGGAAUGUGUAAUGUUGCAUGUCGAAGGGCAAUUGAAUUGGCAACAUCAAAACCACGAUCUGCAAGC